UGCAGGCAAGGACAUAAUAGCUGGCAGAGUCAUAACAGAUAUGACUUGUUGGCAAUCCUAUCUCUCUUCUUACAUUUGUUGGUCAGGACAUUGAAGAUAAAGACUGAUCCGGACUAGGCACAAUGUAACGAUUCUUGGAGGUAUAUAUACUGUAGAGUCACAGUGAUGCAUUACCUGUUAUCAUUCUCAGACCAUCGUUUGCCUUUCUCACAGAGGAUUGCGAGAUGAAGCUGCUGGUUGUCUUUGCUCUUCUCUUGGUGGCAGUUAGCUGCUUUCCAAAUAAACCAAAGCAUCAUGAAGAGCCAAAAGGAAAGCCAAAGCACAGAGAUGACCACUUUGCAGACUGUAAAAAGAAUCCCAAACCAACUUCUGCAUCAGAAACUGCUGUUGUGCCAAAACCUGCUGAUGUACCACAACCUGCUGCUGCCGUACCAGAACCUGCUGCUGCCGUACCAGAACCUGCUGCUGCCGUACCAGAACCUGCUGCUGCCGUACCAGAACCUGCUGUUGACGUACCAGAACCUGCUGUUGACGUACCAGAACCUGCUGUUGACGUACCAGAACCUGCUGUUGACGCGACAGGCACUGCUGACGCGACAGCCACUGCUGAUGCUCCAGAAUCUGCUGACGCGCCAAAACCUGACGUGCAAGUGCAGUAAAUGACUACCUGCACCCAUAGCUAGUCAUGGGCACGUCCUUUUCAUGUUAAAGAGACAAGUUCCUUUGCAUAUUGUGUCAUUAAAUGAGCACCAUGCUAAUA